UCUGAGUGAAGCUGCUCAACUUGACGACACUGUCACUACUAUUCAACUGCACCUUGUCGCCCGACUUUACUGUUUAAUAGCUGACAGGUUUCAGACCGGCGUUUACGUGUGGUUGCUCAUUGCUUUUGCCAAUCGUGCUGGAAGACUUGGUUGAUAUCUUCCGGAGGGUUGGUUUCGCGGGGUGUUGAAGAUGACUACCUCAGCAGCAGCCUACAAGGACCGGCAAUUUCUGGCUGUCAUCGGAGACGAAGAUUCGGUGACCGGCCUUCUUCUCGCGGGCGUCGGCCAUGUUACGGAUCCCCCUGACUCGCAGAAGAACUUCCUUGUGUGCGAUUCACGGACGGAGAAGGCGGAAAUAGAGAAGGCCUUCAACAGUUUCACGAAAGAGCGCAAAGAUAUUGGCAUUGUCCUCAUAAACCAACAUAUUGCCGAGCAGAUUAGAGACACCGUGGACCGGUUCCGCGAUCCAUUUCCUGCCGUUCUCGAGAUUCCCAGCAAAGACCAUCCUUAUGAUCCAGAGAAAGAUAGCGUGUUGAGGAGGGUGAGAAGGCUCUUUGGAGAAUAGACCCUGUCGAGAUGCAUAUUUCGUUUUGCUGUCUCUGGAGUCUGGGAAAGUCGGUACAGCUAUGAGCUUCAGGCUAUUCACUUGUGCGAUUUGCUGUUUCAUGAGGACGUUUCCACCCGCUUUGAGCAUCAGCUGUCCAAUGUGACACAUUGCUGCUCAUACUCAAAUUGGCGCUCCGAGUAUAUUUUACAUCACCGACUUUACCCUCAAACAAACGGGCUGCUGAAGGUCGAGAACUUCCCGAACUUUAUGUUACAGCUGCAGACGGGUUGUCUCGAGACACAUAAAUCAAUCGCCCGUUUCCAUCACUGUGUCAAUGGCUUAAUGGUGUGGACAUGAGCCAAAACCACCAUAUUCUGACAACCAGCAGGUACUGGAAGGGCUGCAUAUGCUGGAUUUGAUGAAGGGCCCAUUGAUACUGAAUCGAUCGCUCGCACGUGAACAUUACGUUUGCUCGCAGCAAGAUAGUCCUCAUGGAGAUAAUAUUGAUAAUUGGGACAUCAAGUCGUAAUCUGCUCUGGGAACUAUCGAAGGCCGAUGAAGUUUGUGAGAGCUUCAAGCCCCAUAAGGCCAUGAAGACGGGUGUAGCAAUCCUCCA